UUAUUUACCAACUCGGUACGCACGCCGGAGAUUAUCUUUGCGAAGAAUUUCUGGGGAAUUGCAGUCUUCGAGUGAUUCGAGUUCCGAACGCGAUGAGCGUCGACGUAAUGUACCAACCAUACAGUGCGAGCUUUGGAUAUCAAAGAAAUAAUGAACAUUCUAUGCAGCCGCUAUGUCUUCCAAAGGCACAGGAACCGCUAGAUCUCGGUAUUUACCCUUCAUCGGCCAGUUCACUAGGGCAUGCCCUACCAGGUCCUUCCCUCGGGCCGCACAUGUCUUCCUUCGGGCUUCACACUUCCGGUCUGGGACAUUCCGCCCAUGGAAAUAUUGGAAAUACUAGCACCACACAAGGAAAUAUUCCUGGGCUCAAAGAAGAAGACAAAAGCGAGCAACCAAAAGACACUCAAUAUUUAAGUGCGAACUGUGUUUUAAUGACCUAUUACAGUGGUGAUAUAAGUUCUAAUGUGGAUGAACACUUUUCACGUGCAUUAAGCCAGCCGAGUAGUUACAGUCCCGACGGAAAAGUCAGUAAAGACCCGUCUUUGAUGUGUCAAAGAAAAUUUCCUGCAUCAUUCUGGAACAGCAACUACUAUGGUCCUGGUUCAUUUUAUUCGGACUUCCAGUUCCCAUCCGGACACUAUUCGACUUCAUCCAUUCCUGGCUUUUCUGGGUUUCAAGACCCAUGGUUUUCAAGAUUUUCGUCCCAGUCUCACACAUUUCACCAUCGGCCUAUGCAUUACGACUUUCCAUAUUCGUCAAUGAGCGCUAGCAGAUAUAAUUCAAAUAUUGGAUCAUUGUUGCUUCAGUCAGCAAGAUCAGGACAUUUUCCCGGAAGCGAUUAUGGUAAAUCAGCUGACACUAAAUUCCGAUACCCGGAUUACAGACUCGGAACAGAGUACCCAACACAAAAUUCUUUUCCCGGUAAGUUUGCUAAAGGUCUAGAAGCCACCGCAACGGAGACGACGGCUGGUCGAGAUCUUUAUUUGUAUUGACAGAGAAGCCAGUGCUGACAUACGGUAGUAAAUCUGUCGGUGAAAUCAUGGUUUUCCUCGGGCGUCUUGCAAAAGGUGAUUAUGUGGAAGUGGUAAACUGUCUACAAUAUAAAUUGUACAAUCACCUUUGUAUUAAAAACAGCAACCCGCCUUGAAUUAUAAGAGGUCGAUUCCACGAGAGACAUAAGUUCACGGCGGUUCGAUCCUUCAUUGAUAUAAGCUGAAAAGAGUUGGGGGAAUGUCUGAAAAGAGUUGGGGAAUGCCAUAAAAAUCUAUAUUUGUGAUGCGCAAGAAAGAAAUGUUCAGUGUGAAGGAAAAUGGAAUUCCGAGUAUGCAGAGCUCUAAAGCUUGCUGGCAUUGAUAAACCUUGUUUAUUAACAAAAGCUUUUCUACGCAAUAUCGUGAUAUAGAGCACUUUUGUUUUGUAGAAUUAAAAUAUAAUAUGUUUUACAAAAUAUUUGCAUUGUUUACUACAAUAAGAGGUAUGUGUGUUUAAGCAUCAUCAUUUUAUCCUCCAUGCAGUGCCCCCAUCACACCACGCAGUGUCCCCUAUCCCUCUAUGCGGUGUCCCCUAUCCCACCACGCAGUGCCCACUAUCCCACCACGCAGCGUCCCCUAUCCCUCCAUGCAGUGCCCCUAUCCCACUACGCAGUGUUCACAAUCCCACCACACAGUGUCUCCUAUCACAUCACGCAGUGUCCCCUAUCCCGCCACACACUGUCCCCUAUCUCACCACACAAUGUCCCCUAACCCUCCACGCAGUGACCCCUAUCCCACCACGCAGUGUCCCCUAUCCCUCCACGCAGUGUCCACUAUCCCACCACGCAGUGUCCACUAUCCCACCACGCAGUGUCCCCUAUCCCUCCACGCAGUGUCCACUAUCCCACCACGCAGUGUCCACUAUCCCACCAUGCAAUGUCCCCUAUCCCACCACAAGUGUCCCCUAUUCCCGCACACAUUGUCCCCUAUCCCACCACGCGGUGUCCCCUAUCCCACCACGCAGUGUUCACCGUCCCCCCACGCAGUGUACCCUAUCCCUCCACGCAGUGUCCCGUAUCAUACCACGCAGUGAAUCCUAUCCUACUACGCAGUGUCCCCUAUCCCUCCACGCAGUGUCCUCUAUCCCUCCACGCAGUGUCCCCUAUCCCUCCAUGCGGUGUCCCCUAUCCCUCCACGCAGUGUCCCGUAUCAGACCGCGCAGUGUUUCCUAUCCCACCACGCAGUGUUCUCUAUCCCACCACGCAGUGUUCCCAGUCCAAUCGAAAGAAGGGAAACUUAUUGUUAUGCAAUCCAUGCAAACACAACAAAUUAUUGCACAGGUCUAAUGUAAGAUAAAGUAUUUCAAUGUGUAAAUGCAUAUGAGAUAUAAAAUGUCAGUAUAAUCCUUGUGCAGGAAUAAAAUUUUAAAAAGUUCAUUUUCCGUGAAAAAACAGCAGUAGACUUAAAUAGUUUUUCUAUAUAUAUAU